UGCAGCGGCGCGUCAAACUUGCGGUGAGCUGCGCGUCGGCAGAAAGGCAUCCAUCAGUUAGCGGUUAGCAGUUAGAGUUUGCGGCGUGGCACAGUGGAGUCCCCUUUGCGACUUUGACCAGUCGCUUUGACCAGUCGCUUUGACCAAUCACCUUGGCCAAUCGCCUCGGCCAAUCGCCUCGGCCAAUCGCCUCGCCAAUCACCUUGGCCAACCGCUUUAGCCAAUUGCCCCCCCCCCCCCGGAUGGACUCCAUCGUGCUGCCCGGGGAAGCCCUCGGGAGCUGCGACGCGUACGUCAGCGGCGAAAACACAUACAGCCUGCAGAAGGAGGUGAGGUCGGCGAUCCUGGGGAGAAGGCAGCUGACGACGAACGGAGAUGGGAAGCAAGUCAUCAGCGUGGCGAACACAAAGGAGUUCAUCCCGCUGCCACAAGUAGGAGACUUGGUGACGUGUAAAGUGUAUCGAGUCACCUUCAACCUCAUCUACUGUAACAUUAUUCUGCUGAAUAGCAAAGCAGUGAGAAACUCCUUCAGAGCAUUCAUUAACAAGAGCGACAUCCAUGUGUACGAAGGAGAGUUGGGAGACAACUUUGAGUGCUUUAAGCAGGGGGAUAUAAUUCGGGCGAAGGUCCUUUCGGUGGCCCAGCAUGGGUCUUACAAGCUGUCCACCGUGGGCUCCGACUUGGGGGUCAUCUUGGCCCUCAGCGAUGGGGGUCAAAUCAUGAAGCCCGUGGCCUGGAACCUGAUGGUCAACCUGAGCGACAUGACCUUCGAGAAGCGGAAGGUCUCCAGCGACUUCUCCGUCCCCCUGUGA